UAUUUUCAAAGGCCACUGCAGAGCUCUGUUUAUUUUCCCUGAACAUGACUACUGAGUGUCGCGUGUGAUAACAGUCAAAGGCUGGGGCUUUCAAUCUUUUUUGUUGUUAUUGUUGUUGUGGUGGGGUUUUUUUUAUUUUUUAAUCAUCUGUUAUAGCAUUCUCAAAUUCCUUCUUUGGCACCCAUGUUCUAGUGGUAGCCUAUAUGUCUAAUACUUUACUGCCUAGGUACUGAAACUUUUUUUCUUUUGACCAUAUAUUGCCCCUCAGUCUACAUGGAUAACUCUCUUUGUAACAAAAGACAUUUCAGUGAGCAUCCAAAGUAGCUAGUAGCCUUUUAAUUAGAAAGUUUAUUUAAGUUAAAACAUAUAAUUUCCAUUGACAAAGCCUCAUUUCUUCAUUGUGUAAAACCUAUUUCAUAUUUGUUGGUUUGUAAUAUCAUCACAUAUAAAAAUUAAUAGGUAUGCAAAUUAUAAUUUGCCAGUAAUGUACUCUGCAUGCUUGUAUGUCAUAUGUCACGACUGUGUUGUUAAUGUGUGUCAUACCAUUUCAUCUCAUUCAACCAGGGUCUACCAGGGCGAAAUGGCUAUCCGGGUCCGAUUGGUAUGGAUGGAAAGCUGGGUCAGCCUGGUCCGCAAGGCCCUCCUGGUCCAAAAGGCGAGAAGGGAGAUCAAGGUGAUCAGGGCCCUCGGGGUCUGCCAGGCUUCCCCACAGUUGCUGCUCUGCACAGUAAUCAGAUCCUCACCGUCAAGGGGGACCAAGGACAAGCUGGACCCCCUGGGCCUCCAGGGCCACCAGGACCCAGAGGUCCCCCAGGAGAUACUGGCAAAGAUGGUCCUCGCGGGAUGCCUGGCAUACCGGGUGAGCCAGGAAAACCAGGAGAACAAGGAUUGACAGGACCUCAGGGGCCUCCAGGACAAAAGGGUUCUGUUGGAGUGCCUGGUGCUCCAGGGAGAGACGGACAAGUGGGUGAACCUGGUUUGCCUGGAGUCGCGGGAGAGAAGGGAGAAGCAGGACUUAAGGGUGACCCUGGAGAAAGAGGAGAAAAGGGUGAUGCUGGAGAAAAUGGACUAAAGGGUGACACAGGAGAAAAGGGUGACCCUGGUUCUUCUGCUGCAGGAAUUAAGGGUGAGCCCGGUGAAUCUGGACGGCCUGGACAAAAGGGUGAACCAGGUCUUCCUGGGCUUCCUGGACUCCCUGGGAUAAAGGGUGAACCAGGUUUCAUUGGUCCACAAGGAGAACCUGGGUUGCCAGGACUACCAGGAACAAAGGGUGACAGAGGAGAGGCAGGCCCUGUUGGGAAGGGUGAGCGAGGUGAACCUGGAGUUCCUGGACCAAAGGGGAAAACAGGUGAACCUGGAUCUAGAGGCCCAAAAGGGUCAAAGGGUGAUACAGGUGACAGAGGUGACACAGGAUAUGCAGGUCCACGGGGACCGCCUGGACAGAAGGGUGAUCAAGGCGCAACAGAGAUAAUUGAUUAUAAUGGCAAUAUCCAUGAAGCUCUGCAGAGGAUUGCCACCCUGACUGUCACGGGGCCACCAGGACCACCAGGACCCCAAGGCCUGCAAGGGCCGAAGGGUGAACCAGGAUCCCCAGGAACUCCAGGCGUUGAUGGGGAGCAGGGUCCUAAAGGCUCAAAAGGAGAUACAGGUGAUCCUGGAAUGCCUGGAGAAAAGGGAGGAAUUGGACUGCCUGGCCUGCCAGGAGCCAAUGGUAUGAAAGGCGAAAAAGGAGAUGUUGGUUUGCCUGGUGCCCAAGGUCCUUCAAUGAUAGGACCACCUGGACCACCAGGGCCACAUGGUCCUCCAGGCCCUAUGGGACCUCAUGGACUCCCUGGCCCAAAGGGUGAACCAGGGUUAAAUGGUCUUAAAGGAUUGAAGGGUGAACCAGGUCAAAAGGGUGACAGAGGGCCCCUUGGUCUUCCAGGAGCAUCUGGCUUAGACGGAAAGCCAGGACCCCGGGGUGUAGAUGGCCCAGUUGGUCCCCAUGGCCCUGCAGGUCCCAAAGGAGACAGAGGUGAAAAGGGAACUGUAGGCGACCCUGGACCCAGAGGACCAUACGGCUUGCCUGGCAAAGAUGGCGAGCCUGGCCUUGAUGGUUUCCCUGGUCCUCGAGGAGAAAAGGGUGAUAUAGGAGAAAAGGGAGAAAAGGGGGAAAAGGGAAAGAAAGGCAAAAAGGGGCCUAAAGGGGAGAAAGGAGAACAGGGUGCUCCUGGAUUAGAUGCACCUUGCCCAUUGGGUCCCGAUGGAUUACCAAUGCCUGGCUGUUGGCAAAAGUGAUGAAUCUAACCUUACAAGCAUGAAGUUGUGUAUAUAGUGCUCCACCUUUUGUAUUUAUAGUUGAAAACUGAAAAUUCGAUUUUACAAGUCUGAGAUAUGUUUACAUGUAGCUGCUUCUACUUGUUUGCAAUAGUCCGUGUGUACAUCUUUUUUCCACUUACAUCUGCAGUUAGAUAAUGUAUAACUGCAGGGUAAACCUGCAAAGAGCAAAGAUUCUCUCUCUAAUGAGAGAGAGAUCUUGAUACAAUGAUCAAUAAUAGAAAUCUGAUUAUCUCUGUAAAUUCUUUAUAUUUUUGCUUGUGGACCUGCAUGGACAAUGAGUGCCAUGAACUAGUUUACAAGAAAUUGUGACCAAAUAAGAGCAAACUGCUAUGAAAUGUACUGUACCAGCUGCCGUUGGAGUUUACUGACUUGGCUUCCAUGUCCAUCUUAAACACUUCACUGAUUCAUGCCACUAUAUCUGCUUGUACGGACUAAAAGCAUGAGUUUGUGUGCCAAACCUGCUUGUUGUGUGAUCAUGUCACGUGCUAAAUGGCUGCUCACGGUGACCUUUGAUUCCAGCUUCUGAAUUGUUUCCUUUUGUCAUCUCAAGGGAGUCACACCAUGGCUUAUUGCUAAAAAGAGAUAAACCACAGGAGGAUAGAAAGAGGCCUUGAAUUUUUGGGAAAUAGAGUUCCAGCUGCAGGUGGAUGGCUUCCAGCCUUGCGGGUCACCUGGCCCCUUUGAUCAAAAGGGGUCCUGCCUGUUAAUCAGCAUCAGUUUGCCUUGCACUGCUCACGGUCGUGAAGACAUUCACGAUAGGCCCUGUCGAGUCCUUAAUCAAGAAGGAAAGAAGUUUGAAGAAGAAACCAGACUUCUCUGUGGGUUGUUUGAAAAGGUUACAGUGGUGCUGCAGGGAUCAUUUCAUGGCAGACACCGCCUGAGACCAGAAGCUUCUCAACCUUACUCAAGGAUGGACAGACCAUGUGCUCUGCGUGUUGUAUUUUGGGACUGCUGGAGGAAGAAGCAUUCUUGAGGUGGGGAUGAAUCGGAACAUCCUCCAGAGGAGGAGGAUAACGGAACUGACCAGAGAUGUACGUACCGUGGUGUGGUUUUCAGGUGAUUCAGUUUAAAUUACACAAAACUAGCUGGACUUCUCUGCAGAAUUUUGGAAGCUAUGGUUAGUUUGGUUUCCUUUUCCCGUAACUUUUGCCAUAAAGGAUCCAUUUCAAUAAUCUGUUCAACAUUUGUGAUGAUGGCAUUGAAGAAAAUGCUUCAAGCCAUGUGUUCAUCUUGUUUCAGUAUUAACAGUUUUUUAUUUCAGAGUCUUUGAAGCCUUUAAGUCUAAAAAUGAAAAGAGUUUAUUUUUGUGUUUCACAGACUGAUUUAUUCAUCUUGUUCUUUUUCUGCUGUUACAGUGACCUUAGUAGAUGUUAUUACUCAAAAAACAUUGGAGAGAAACAAGUCUGUGUGAUUACCCCUGCACACUUGUCAUCGCACUACACUGUUAAAGGUGUCGAUAUUUCUCCAUUAUUUCUGUCCAGAUUACUAGCUUUCUAGGGAAACACUGGCAAAGUUUUGCUUCUCCACUUUUUUUUUUUUUUUUAAUUGUAGAAAUACCUAAUUUGUGCACAUUUGUAGUUUUUGCCUGAGGCAUUUUUUCCGAUUUUGAGUCUUCAUAUGGUGCACUGUAGUUAGUUUGAGAAACCAGUUCAUGAGAAAUGGUGCCAUAUUUGGCAGAUGGAAAUUCUUUUUAUAUCACUUCCGUUCCUAGUGUAUAGUAGGACGAUCACAAACUUUUUUAGUUACUUUCUGAGAGUUGUCUUUCAUAUGUAGACCAAAACUAAAGUUGAGGAAGACAGCCUGUCUCCAUCCAUGUGUGGGCACCUUGCCCUUCUUGGAAUGCACAUUUUUCCUUGCUCCAUCAUUUCUAAAUCAUGUGAAGAUGGGGACCUACUGUGGUUGCACUUUCCAUAUUGCUUCACAAUCUCAGAUCAAUGGAAAUGCCACUAUAAUGCGAUCUUUCACUUUGCUACAUUUUUAUUGUCAUUUUGGUGUAUCAGAGACGAAAACAGCUUUUCAAGGGGGGGGAAAUCUUCCACAGAUUUUUAAAACUAAAAAUUAAUUUAGUGGCCUCCAUCUAGCAGUACCUUACUAAUAAAAACAAAAUUCCAACACUAUAUAGGUACACAUAUAUACUGAAUAUAUAUAUUUACUGCUCAAUUCUAUCUUUCCAAUAGUGAGAAAUAAACAAGUGUUCACAGAUACGAGGAAAAAUGGUUUUCUUUGCUUAAAUUUUCAGAGGUGCAAGUAUCAACCUGUUUGAAUAAUCAUGAUUAUAAUAUAGUAAAAGCCUUCCCAUGGCAUAGACUGAAUAUAAAAUGUUAACGAGCAGAGUGCUAUGGCAGUAAUGUGAAUGAGGGACUUUCCAGAAAGGGGGCAAGAGGAGCACCGUGCAAGCCCUCCAGUUUGCCAGUUUUAGUCUGCUUGUUUAAGCAGCACUAUCUCAAAAACCAACAGGCUGAGGAGCAAGCUGCCCGCCAAACAGAAAUGAGUCUCUUAUACCUAUGUCCUGACUUGGCACAUUUGGCUAAGUAUAGUGUAGAUGUGAAGAUUAGAAGUUGAACAUUUUUAUAAAAUAUCAAAUACUGGCAAUCAUACAGUAAGCUUAAAUAUUUUUUAAAUGUCCCUCAGAGUAUUCAAAUGCAAAAUCAAGUAGGAUGUUUAUUAUCUGGCUAGAUGUUUUAGCAAUUGCAUAUUGAGAGUGUCCACCAACACAACUCAUUUAAGAAAUAACAAGAUAAAGAGCUAUUAAAUGCAUGCUGUCAUUAGCACUUUCAUAUUUUAAAAACUUGUAUAUCUAUAUUUUUAAACUGCCCUCAUAGCAUCCAUUUCUGUAUGCAUCAGUAAAGCUAUCAGAAGCUUCCUUCAUGAUUUCUUCAUUCAGGAAGUAAUAAUAGACACUAUUGUUAAACGUUAGUCAAAACUCAAUUCUCCUUUAACUCCCCGACACUGAGACCCUGCUAAAGAAACACUUAGGCACCUUUGUUCGCUUUCUUUUCUGUCUUGUAAGGUAGUUUCUGUAUUUAAUUGCCGCUAAGUAGGAAUAGGGUUCCCCCCCAAAAAAAUAAUUUCUUUAAGCUUCUGUUUUGUUCAAUAUCAUGAAAGGUUCAUUCCAUUUAAAUGGCCAUGGGUGAACAGCAGGCAAAGAAUUUAAUCUGACAGGCUAAACUACAUACAUAGAUUUGAAAUUAAUAUUUGCACCUCAAAGAUUGACUUGAAAUGAAACCUAACAGUAUUUAGCAAAUUUCCGUGUUCAGUACAAGAAAAAAAAAAUAAUUGGGUUUAAUAUUUCAUCAAGAAAAGCACCCUGUGAAGACUUGCAACGUGUCUGUUUUGUUUAAAAAGCAACUAUUUUUUGUGCUUGUAUAUCUUUUUUCUUUUGAUGGCAAAGCUACGGUUUUAACCACCCGUGUGUUGUUGUACCUUUUAGUAGCAUUCCUCCAAAUAGAUAUGAUUUGUUUUGUUUAGUUUGUGACAGGAACAGUAGUUCCUCUACCAGUCUUUUCAGUUGUAGAAACGUGUAGUGGUAUUAGCCUACGCAGUUUCUAUACCCCUGGCUUUUUCAGGUGUGAUUAAUUCUUGUUUCUUUGAGAGUUUUCAGUAUUUGUUUCAUACCAAGUUUUGUAAUCAUCUGUUACUCUGGUGUAUUAUAACCACAUUGUGCAGAAGUCCUGCUACAGAAGCAGCAAGUCUUUUAAGCACUGUAUGGAAUAUGUCUGACAUACAUGGUCCUUGUCUUCAUAUUCAUAGAUUAGCUAUGGGGAAUCUUUCUUUCAGGACGCUUUGGACACCUUUUUAUUUUUCCCUGAGGUAAAGCAUGAAACGUUAAUUCAUGGAACAAUGGUACAAUGUAUUUUUUUGAUUUAUAUUUUUAUUUAUUGCUGAUUUUGAUGUCAUGUUCUGAUAGUGUAGCAAGGCAGAAUGACACUCUUCAUCCAGCUGUUUUUAUAUAUUCUUUUAGUCUACCUUAUAAGAGGUAUGAAUGAGUUUCAGAAUGAUCAAAUCCAUACACCUGCACAUGUGUAAAGUAUAGAGUUUAAAAAGGGAUAAUUCUUAAGAUUGAUGUACAGUGAGGGAAGUUAGCAUUGGCUCCACUGAGUGUUACACUCAUGGAAGAGUGCACGUGAGCAUCAGUUACGCCAGCAGAAGAGGCGAUGCAGCCCCAAACGAGACGAGCAGACCUUUGGUCCUUGUGGGAGGGUGGUGCUGCGUAAGGCUGGGAGGCGCAUCAGAUGUGGUUCAGAUCCUGGAUCCUGUUGGGGUUUGGAGAGGGUUGUCCCACUGACGACCACAGAAGCAGGAUUGUAACCCUGGGCUCAGCCAUGCAAGGCUCUUCACUGGCCGUGCCUCCCUUUCCCCAGCCAUGAAACGGGGAGAGUGAUGCGUCCUUCCCUUGCAAAGCGCUUUGAGACGUGCAGCAGGAAGGACCCAGGCGUCGUGCUUAGUAACAAGGGGAAUAUUAUCAACUUCAUCGGUGGGGUUUUGUGUAAAUCAGGACCACUUCAGUGAGUAAAAACUGCAGAGAUACUCCCAGUCUAUUGAAUGUGAUGGAGAUGUUCAAGACGUGCAGAAGUUGACCUUUCCUUUUAGAUUUCCUGAUCUCUGCUGCUUGACCCUCUUGAAUUACAUUUUAAAAUCUCGGUAUUUUACCUAAUGAGAGACUUAAAUUUUCACACUAGAGUCACACAAACACUAAUAUCUGCAAAUAAAGUACCCAAAAGAAAGUCUCAGUAUUAGCCAUUGCAAAAAAAUUAUUCUAUUUCAGUGAACAGAAUUAAAACUAACUCCUGAUUAUUUUUUUUUUCUUUCUGCAACUUGCUUUUAUGGAUCCAAAUGUUGCCGUAAUGUACAAAUGAAGGUUUUCUUGCACCCUCUGUUAUUGAAGUAUUUUACAUGGUGGUUGGAUUCGUUAAAUGUUAGAAACAAGUGCCUGCCACCAUCAUUUCUGACAGAAUUUGAAAAAGGUACUCCGCAGCACAAGUGGAGUUUGUAUUUGAAAAAAGGAUUUGGAGUGUUGUUUUUGUUUCAUUUUGUUUUAAAAUGCAUCCAAUUGUCAAUGCUGCUUGGAAAUUGAAUUUUCUUUGGAAAACAGGGGGCCUUAACUUAACCUGGGACCGUUAGUGUUUUACUUGUUUCUAUUUAAAAAAGAAAUUGUAUGAAUUUCCCAGAUACCAUUGGUACUUGCACACUUCUCUGAAGUAUUAUGAAGAGUUGGGUUGGUGGAAGAAUGUUUUACAUAUUGUUAACAUAUAUGUGGAUAUUCUUAUAUUAUUGUACAUGUUUGGGAAAAUAUCACACAACUUUAAAAAUGUUACUAAGAUGUAUGUAUCUGACUUUUUCCUUUGGAAAAUAUUAUAUAUUUUUAUUUGUAUUUUUUACUUUUUUAAGUUCAUCUAUAUGUGCCGUUAUUUUUGUAUUGCAAAUGGUCUCAUAAAUGCAGUAGAAGAGCUAAAAAUACAAAGAAAAGUAAUUUGGCAAGGACUACAAUGCUUGGGGGGAAAAACACAUGGGUCGGUAUCAUAUUAUCAAUACUAGGAAUAUUUUGAGUGUCUUAGCACUGUAAAUAUGUCACGAGACCUUUUUUGCCGAGUAGUGUAAAGAAUUGCAAGGUGUUAAUCACCCAUUUUAAUUUGUUAUUAAUUACCACUUUCUUGUGGCCUCUGGUCCUGACUUAAUUGAACCCGAUCAAACAGCAUGCUUUUGUUUUUAUUAUUAAAAUUUCUCCUUGUUUUUCAGUUGAAUACUGUUUUGUUUUCUUUCAGUUUUGUACUUCGGGUUUUGUUUCUUGCUUGUGAGAAGUUGAUCUUCAGAAUUAUUUUUACACUAUUUAUGAUUUAUUUUCAUAAUGUAAAAAGUGUGUAAUUAUUAAAAUAUUA